CCCGCAAGCUCAACAGUCUUCAAGUGUACAGCUGAUCGAGAGACAAGGCUGAAACAAUCGUGUCGUGAUUUCCGGUCUCAACGAUUUUCUCUCAAAAUUCCCAACCGCCAUGAGCAAGUGACAACGAGUGUCAGACGAUCGCGAGAAUUCUCCACGAGUGACAUCAUCUGCGGCUUCAUUGAUAAUCGGAAUAAUUGUCGCGAUGUCGUCGAGAUAGCGAGACAAAGCUUUUCUCUCUGGAGAACCGGACGGUCCAUUUAGAUACCGCGCCUCCCUCUACCCCCUUCUUGUUUCGCCUGCGCCACGGAAGAUCGAAAGUUUCCCGAGCGAACAUCCAAAGAUUUAUCCACGCGAUUCGGUUCCAAAGUUCGUACCAUCUAAAAAUCCUAAAUGGCUAACAGGUCUUCCGAAGAAUUUAAUUAAAUAUCUGAGUAUAAAGGAUUUAAAUAUACCAUACUCUUUGAUAAUCCAAGAACCGGCUUGCUCCAAUUCCUAAGUAAUUCACUGUUAAAGUCAGAAUUCUGAAUUAGAGUUUAGGAUUGAUAUCUCCGAAUACGUACUUAUUUUACAUAAAGCUUUGGGAUUUCUAACUAAAUGUCGAAAAUUUUAAACAUCUGAAGAUUUAGAAAUCUGCAUCAUUAAAGUUGCCAAUUGUUUGCUUAAAAAUUUCUAACGAUUUUGAAGCAUUCAAGUGAAACUUGUAUCAAAUUCCUCAAAAAUCUGGAAAAAUGUUAAAUAAUUCGAGUUUCCACAUAUCCGGUAAUAAAUUAUAAAGCUUCAUAGUCACUAGUCAAUGUUGGUGGAAAUCGAAAUAUCGACUAACAAGAAGCACAGAUUGGAAGUUCCUGCCGUCGUUGGGACGUUCGAUAGUCACGAGAAACCUUGGCCCUUACAAUGGCCAACGAAAGGAUAUCGAGACAUUACAGCACCUCGUUCAUCAAAGCACGUUUUGCUGUUCAAGAACGUCGUUACCAGUUCCGGGUCAUUCCGAAAUAAAUCUCUGCUCAAUGACGCUCCAGUUGGGUAAAGACAUCAGCAAGACCAGUAUGCCGGUCAUCUUCAACGAACCUCUUUCUUUCUUGCAACGCGUCGCGGAAUACAUGGAAUAUGCCGUAUUGCUCAAGCAGGCAUCCCAGCAGGAGUCACCGGUCUUGAGGCUUCAGUACGUUGCGGCAUUCGCUGUGAGUGCUCUCGCUUCGAACUGGGAGCGUUUUGGGAAACCUUUCAAUCCAAUUUUGGGCGAGACGUACGAGUUGCAACGCAAAGACUUCCGGAUAAUAUGCGAGCAGGUCUCGCAUCAUCCACCAGUGUCCGCGUUCUACGCUGACAGCGAGGACUUCAUCUUUCACGGCAGUAUCCAUCCCAAAUUGAAAUUUUGGGGAAAGUCAUUGGAAGUGCACCCGAAAGGGGUUGUGACAGUCGAAUUACCCAAGUGGAAGGAGUCCUAUACUUGGCAAAAUGUCAAUUGCAUUCUUCACAAUGUUUUGGUGGGCCAAUUAUGGAUGGAGCAAUCAGGUCCUUUAGAAAUCAGGCAGCACGGAGGGGAUAAUUUGAAGGCUAAACUAGGCUUUAUUAAAAGCACCCUGAAUGGAAAGGACGUUCAUCGCGUCGAGGGCUUCAUAAUAAAUCAAGAGAAAAGAAAAUUACUUUUCCUUUACGGUCAAUGGACUGAUAUUUUACGAUCCUGCGAGCCCUUGUUGUACGAGGAAACACUGGAGAAAAUCAAAUUGGAGGCUAAAAGUCCGCAGGGUAGUCCAGGACACAAAAAGGUUCUAGCAAAACUUCACAGUCUCAAGGUCGGAGCUUUCAAGCCCCUGCAUCAGGAUGCGAUAGACGAGUCCUUUGGGAGUACGGUUGUUGACGAUAUUCCAAUAGUGGAAGAGAUUCCAGGAUCUGUCACACUGUGGGAAGCUACACCGAGACCCAGCAACAGCUCGGAUUAUUAUCAGUUCACAACGUUUGCCAUGUCACUGAACGAGCUGGAGGCAGAUAUGGGAGAAACCCUGUGCCCAACAGACUCCAGAUUGAGACCAGAUAUUCGCAAACUGGAGAACGGUGAUCAGGAUGGAGCUGCAUCUGAGAAAGCUAGGCUCGAGGAAAAACAGAGGAAUUCCCGCAAAGCGCGCAAGCAGAAAAAAGGAAAUGAAUAUGUUCCUAGGUGGUUCCAAUCUGGUACAAAUCCUUACACAGGUCAGGAAGAUUGGAUAUACCUGGGCGGAUAUUGGGACCGUAAUUACACCGACGUCGAAGAUAUCUUUUAAUAAAGACGGAACUCGUUGACUUCUAUUAAUUCAACCGAUGUCCACGAAGAUCGGCAAUUGGGCGUCAUUAGUGCAAAAUUACAAAUAAAUUGCCUAAGAGGACAGGUGCGUAGAUCGGUAAUAGAAAUGCCAUUAGAAAUUGAUGUCUUUGUGUAAAGUAACUAAAAAGCAGAUAUCGCGCACGAGGUUCUUCGAGCGCAAAACUGGAGCUCGAUGAGUCGUCGGGAACUUCCUCCCGCGCUCUUCGACGUAGGAAGAGAUCGAAUCGAAGAUACAAGCGAACAUUAUUCGAAAAUCAAUCUCUGAGAAUCAGAAUUUACAGUUUUUACACGUUCGAUUAUAUCAUUAAUUCGCGCUUCCUACUUCCGACACUAUUUUUAUAAGAGGCCAAGUUGGACGACUGGAAAGGCGAUUCUCUCGUAGUAUCCCUGCUUGAAGAAGCCAGUAAGAGACGACAGAAAUUGAUUUGAAGUUAAUGGGAGGUUUCUAAGAUUGGGACAACUUAUUUUAGGAACGCUCUAUGUAAUUUCAACGCAGACUAUCGUUUCAAUCUAGCUUUUUCACUUAAAUAUAUUUACUCUCGUAUUAAACGCUUUUCUAUCUGUCAAUUCAAUCAAGUUAUGUUUCGACGUUAAUAUGAGAAUCGGACUUAAUUCGAGAAUAUUCUUGUAUGUUUAUAUCAAAACUAUACGUAAAUAGACAUAUAGCGAAAAUCUUGUAUCUUAUCGAUUGAGAAUGCAAUUUGAAGUUUAGAUCGAAGAAUAGAUCAUUUUUAAAAAAACAAGAUAAUGAAAGAUAACGGACUUAUCUAAAGAUAGAUUUGCCAGAUACAAGAAUCCAACACUGCUAAUAUCAAAAAGAUGAUCAUAUCGAUUUUCUUUUAUGCUAUCGGACUCUUUGAGCAGGAAUGUUGUAGAUUUUUGUGUAAAUAUACAGCGAUUGUAUGAUACAUCUGUCAGAUGGACCGAACGAAUUUUCGCAACAGCUUCAUACCAUUAUCUAGUAAUAAUUAUUUACUGUAAACUUUGCGCGUUCGUAUUAUUUUUUUUAUUUUCAAUCUAAAAAAAAUCGCCGAAUUUCAGCCAUUGUGAGAGAGAAGCGGAAUUUCAGGAUCCGCAGACUUUGGUGCCAAGGAUCCUAAAGGUCGCAAGGAAACAUGAGCUACGAAGAGAUUUAUAAACUAAAACUUCAGGGAUAGAUUGAGAACUCCUGAGUCUCAAAAGGCGCAAAGGAUCUAGUAUGUUUGCCGAAUAAACUACGUUGUUGCUUCCAGGUAGAUGUAUCUUUUGCGCAAUAGAUGCUUCCUAGGGUUCUGCAAAUCUUCAGAAAAAUAUGUUGUGUGUCAGAGAAAUAUGUGCGUUGACAAGCUUAUUUUAGGAAGGAUGACAAUAAUUUGAGGUUCUCGAAGACCCAAACGUGUUUCUAACCGUGGAAACAUCUGAAUUUUAAAUCGUACUACGGAAGAAGUCAGGCACCUUUCUUGCAAUCAUUCAAUUCGUUGAAAUUCUCUUCUUCUUCAAAGAAGAAAACAUGUAGCAAUUGAGAGACGCAUUUUGCGAAAGAUGGAAGAUUUUGAAAAAUUGGGAAGAAAAAUGUUACGUAAGAAUUUUUAAUUUUGAAGUUCAAAUACUCGUCGGAUGAUGUUUUUGGAGUUUAGUAUGAUUUAAAAUUCAGAACCUCGAAUUAUAUAAUCCCACCGGUUCUCCAGCUCAAGUUCACCGUCUGCAGACGAUAACUCACGGCUGAUAAAACGAAAUCAUGCAGCCUUCGUGCAUACGAGCGUAUCGCUUCAACCGUGAACGAGUUCACGAUAUAAAUAUACGAGUGCACAUAUCUGACAACCGAUAGAAUUUCUAUGCUUCCGUAAGGGAACGGCGAAUCAUUUGUAUGUUGAUGAUGAUCAUAUCCUAAGGUGAUAAUCAUCUGAAUCACCUCUGAGGACCUUAUUAUCGUUAAAAAACGCGCACGUAGUUUGCAGGAAUUCGUUGUGUUUGCGUUGCAUAGAUUACGCCAAUGUAUAACUGUACAUAGACAAUAGCUGUUAGAAAUAAAUGUUGCUAAAAAAUAA